UAGUCACAAUAAAUCUUGUUCUGAGAAUUAUUAGUAUUUUUAUGUUUGAUUUGGGUGGAAAAAAAUUAGAACAGAAUCUAAUUUGUUAGAAAUUCAUCAAUGGCGUCUUAUCUACAGUUCUCAUUUCUCAAAUAAGGGCUUGCACACAGAGGAGGAACAUAAGAAUUAAAUAAGAAACGGAGACCGUGAAACAUUGAAGAAAUGGAGUGUAAUAAAGACACUGCUGCUAGGGCAAAAGAAAUUGCGGAGCAGAAGUUGACAGAGAGGGACAUUGAUGGAGCCAAAAAAUUUGCUUUGAAAGCUCAAAACUUGUUUCCUGUGCUUGAAGGUCUUCAUGAAUUCAUGGCGAUCCUUGAUGUGUACAUUUCUGCAGAGAAAAAGAUAAAUGGUGAAGUAGACAGGUAUGGGGUUCUAGGCGUGAAUCCAUUCUCUGAUUAUGAAACAUUGAGGAGACACUACAGGAAACUGGUCCGCACUCUUCACCCUGACAAAAACAAGUCAGUUGGGGCUGAGGAGGCAUUCAAAAUGCUCACUGAAGCAUGGAGUUUGUUGUCUGAUAAGACUAAAAGAGCAGCAUAUGACCAGAAGCGGAAUCAUAAAUAUGAAACUGGAAAUUCAUCAAUGCCUGCCGGUAAGAACCGGUUGGAUACUUCCACCCACAAUGAUGAUUCAAGUGUAAAGGAUCAAAAGAGUGAUGGUAUUCCCCAACCUAUUCCCAUUGCACCUCGUCCUGCAAAACCAAAUACAUUUUGGACUGCAUGCAACCGAUGUAAGAUGCAAUAUGAGUACUUAAGAGCUUACCUCAAUCGAAAGCUUCGCUGUCCUAAUUGUGAUGAGGCCUUUUACUCUGUGGAGGUGCACCCUAAAAAUGAUCCAAACCCGUCCACCCCGUCACCCUCCUACUGCCAGAAGCAAAAUGUAAACCGUCACAUGGAAAACAACACUUCUGCUCCAAAUAUGGGAAAACCAGGGUCUAUAGGUGUUGGUUCAAUCAAUAGUCCAAACAUGAAGCAGGGUUUACUUUCAACACCAGGUAGUGUUAGAAGUGUGCCAGCAUCAGCUUCCUCAGCUGGUCAAAAUGAAAAUACAAGUCAGAAUUUGAAGAGAGUGAGUGAGGUGGCACAGAUGGGAGAGGUGGCUGCUCAGAGGAAAUGUGGUGCUUCUAAGAAAACGGGUGCCAGGUUAGCUUCCAAUGCUGCUUCUACUUUUGGGCCUAUGAAAAAGAGUUGCAUUCAGGUGAAUGUUACUGGAAGAGAGAUGCCUAACCAAAUGGCAAUGCCUAAUCAGAAGGUUAGCUUAGGAACAGAAAGGUUCGGCACUUCUGAAACUAUCCAGAAUAACAGUGCAAAGGAGACGUCACAGUUAGAAAUUCGCAAUUUGCUGAUUGCAAAGUCCAAGAUGGAGAUCAGGAAGAAGCUCAAUGAAUGGAAUAUGAAAGCCGCACUGAAGGCUUCAAUUAAAAAUGGUAAGAAGAUGGGAAUCGAAAAAAAAAAUGGUGAGAAGAAAGAUGGAAAUAAAAAUGCUGCAUUUGUAGAAACUAAGAAUUCAGUCCAACCCAGAAAGUCUUCCCUUGUCGCUUCUAAUAUUGAUUCCAAUGAAAAGGCUGCUGAAACAAAGUCAAUGAUUGUUACAGAUCCAGAAUUUUAUGACUUUGACAAGGAUCGGAAAGCGAAAUGCUUUGGUAAAAACCAUGUUUGGGCAGCCUAUGAUGACGACGAUGGAAUGCCUCGAUACUAUGCUUUGGUUCGUAGUGUGGAAUCCAAGCGUCCUUUCAAGUUGCAGAUUAGUUGGCUGACCUCUAAAAGUAAUGCUGACCUGGGCCCUCUAAAUUGGGUUGAUUCUGGCUUUACCAAGACUAGUGGGGAUUUCAGGGUGGGCAAGCAUGUAAGCUUUAGCAAUCUCAAUUCCUUCUCGCACAGGGUCAAGUGGAUGAAAGGCAAAAGAGGGGCCAUUAAAAUUUUUCCCAGAAAAGGAGACGUUUGGGCUCUUUACAGUAACUGGUCUCCUGAUUGGAAUAUGUUUACACCAGAUGAGGUGAUACACAAAUAUGACAUGGUAGAAGUGCUUGAAGAUUAUAACGGGGAGAGAGGUGUAACUGUUGCUCCACUAGUUAAAGUUCACGGCUUGAAGUCAGUGUUUCACCAGAAUUUGGACCCACAAGAAACAAAGACAAUUCCAAGAGAGGAGAUGUUUCGUUUCUCUCAUCAGGUCCCUUCGUACAUGCUUACUGAUCAAGAAUGUAAAAAUACUCCCAAGGGUUGCCUGGAGCUUGAUACAGCUGCUAUGCCUCCAGAACUUCUCAAGGUCAUUACAGAAGCGAAGGAAGUAGAAACAGCUAAAAGGGCUACCAAAGAAGAUGGGGUGGAGAGUUUUGGAAAAGCUAAGGAAGACUUGCAUUUGGAGGAGAGUGGCAAAAGCACUGACCAAGAAGGGAUGAUUGAAGAUUUGAAAAAUGUCCACACAAAAGCAAUGUCAAGCAAUGUCAAGCAAUGCAAAGGAAUCCGAGGAAGAAGAGAUUGUGAAGGAUACCAAUGAAGGCUGAAGCCAAGGAAUCAGCAAGGGUAAGAGAUGGUGAAAAAGAAAAAAAAAAAAAAAACAAUGAAGCCAAGGAAUAAACAGUGCUGGUUUGUGUUGAGUAAUCAGUAGUUCCAGUUUUCAUUCAAUCUCCAAUGGUCAGGUGGAAUAGAAUUAGAAAUCUGAAAAUUACCCACCUUAGGUAGUUGUAAGAAACUAAAGUUUUUUUUUUGCCUUUUUUUUGUUUUGUUUUGUUUCUUUUGUUUUUCAAUCUUGUCAGUCAAACAAUGUCUUGCCUAAAGCCCUCAACCAUAUUGAAACCGAUCCAGCAGUAUUCACAAUCACCGCGGUAUAGUUUUGGAGACCAUACAGUUUUUUUUUGAAGUCGCAGCUCUUUUCUGCAACUUAAAAAACAGUUUUGAAAGUGCACUCGUAAUUUAAUUUGCAGUAUGUAAUAGCUGUUUUUACAUUUUUCCUUUUUUUUAAAUACAAAGGAAAAACCUUUUAGAAAAGACUAGACUAGACUUUUUUUUUACCAAUACACAGAAUUCUGUAAGUAUGAGCUAAGGAUCUUUUUCAUGUACUUUUGUAAUGCUCAAGUGUUGGAUCACCCCAUGUGAAUGGAGAACCCACUACUCAAAUGGAGGAAGGUAGGUGGCUCACCAACUCCAACCCACUAGAGAGUGGAAGAACGUAGGUGGCAACCAAUGAGGUUCUCCCUCAUUUGUGUUUAAAUGGAGAAGGUGUUGGAUAGGCAAAAUUGAGAGAACUAAGAGAGCAAACCAAAGAAAGCAAACCAAAGAGAGUGAGAGAUGUGAGGCGGAGAGACCGUCUCUCUUUCGGUGUGAGCGAGGGAGAUGGGUGAGUGGGUGAGUGAGGAGAGUGUGAGCUCCUCCUCUAUUGUAACCUUUCUGUAAUUUCUCUAUUAUUAUAGUGAUAACUGGUUAUUCUCCCGUAAAUGUAGGCUUUGUUGCCGAACCACGUUAAG